AUGGCCGCCGAGAAGAUCUACCGCGCCAGCACGACGGCGCCCGUCAACAUCGCCGUCGUCAAGUACUGGGGCAAGCGGGACGCAAAGCUGAACCUGGCCACCAACUCGUCGCUCUCGGUGACGCUCUCGCAGGACGACCUGCGCACGCUGACGACCGCCACCUGCUCGAGCAGCUACACGGGCGACGACAGCCUGACCCUCAACGGCGCGCCCUCGGACAUCACCGGCGCCCGCACCCAGGCGUGCCUGCGGGAGCUGCGCUCGCUGCGCCAAGCCCUGGAGGACGCCGACGCCGCGCUGCCCAAGCUCUCGGCCAUGCCGCUGCGCCUCGUCUCCGAGAACAACUUCCCCACGGCCGCGGGGCUGGCGUCGUCGGCGGCGGGCUUCGCGGCCCUCGUGCGCGCUGUCGCCGACCUGUACGAGCUGCGCUCCUUGCCGACGGACCUCUCGCUCAUCGCGCGGCAGGGCUCCGGGUCGGCGUGCCGUAGCCUGUUCGGUGGCUACGUGGCGUGGCGGCACGGGACGCAGGCCGACGGGCUCGACAGCCGGGCGGAGCAGGUGGCGCCCGCGUCGCACUGGCCGCAGAUGCGGGCGCUGGUGCUGGUCGUGUCGGCGGCCAAGAAGGGCGUCAGCUCCACGAGCGGCAUGCAGCAGACGGUCGGCACCUCGGACCUGUUCGGCGAGCGCGUCGCCCGCGUCGUCCCCAAGCACAUGGACGCCAUGGAGGCGGCCGUCGCGGCGCGCGACUUCGCCAGCUUCGCCGAGGUCUCGAUGAAGGACUCCAACUCGUUCCACGCCUGCUGCGCCGACACCUACCCGCCCAUCUACUACAUGAACGACGUGUCGCGGGCCGCCGUGCGCGCCGUCGAGGCCAUCAAUGAGGCCGCGGGCAAGACGAUUGCGGCGUACACCUUUGACGCGGGCCCCAAUGCUGUGAUCUACUACUUGGAGGAAAACAGCGGACCGGUGGUUGGCACGUUUUACGGUUUGCUGCGAGGGACUGAGGGCUGGAAGGACGAGGCGAAGAGCUAUAGCUCUUCGAGCAUACAGCUGGAUGAGGCGGUCUCGAGCAUCGUUAAGGGGGGCGUCAGCCGGAUCAUAAUGACGGGCGUGGGAGAGGGACCGACGAAGACGGAGCAGCAUUUGGCAUGA